UUUCAGGACAGAGGUCCAACCACAGACAAGUACGUUUAUAAAUGCAUUCAGUAAGACCACAUGUUUAAAAAACCGACUUGAAAGCAGACUAGUUUAAAAACAUACAAAAACAUGGCUCCUUGGAGCGAAGAUAACAGCGUGUAUGGAGGUAGAGAUUUACAACCUGGUUGUAAGACAGGUACAUGGCUUGCUAUAAGCACAAAGUACAAGAAAAUAGGAGUCCUUUUGAAUCUACCAGGAGUAAAAAAAGAAAAUGCAAUAAGUAGAGGAAGUAUUGUGGCUGACUAUGUAACAAAUGAUUUAAAUCUAUUGGAUUAUGUUGAAUGUAUUAAAGAAGAUGCUAACAAAUAUAAUGAUUUUGUUUUUGUGUCAGUUGAACUAGGAAGUUCUUCGGCUGAAGUAAAAACCUAUAGUAAUGCAAAUGAUGAAAUUAUUCAUUGGACAAACACAUAUUUAGGAUUUGGUAAUAGUCUCCCUGACAAGCCUUUAAAUAAAGUCCAAAAUGGAGAAAAAUUGUUAAGAGACACAUGUAAAAAGUUUAAUAAAAUUGACAAUAAAUUUGAAUUAUUAAAUGAAUUAGUAAAAUUAUUAAAAAAUGAACAAAGAUAUUUGCCUGAUCCCCAGUUAGAAAACAGGCAGCCAAAUAUUUAUAAAGAACUAAGUUCAAUUUUCGUUAAAAUUCCUGUAAUCAAAUAUGGAACAAGAGCUCACACUAUAAUUCUUGUGACUAAAUCAGGACAUGUUGAUUUGAUUGAAAUAAGUAUGAAAUCUCCUAUUGAUGUAGAAAAUACACAAUGGGAAAGAAAUGAAUUUCAUUUUAAUAUUUAAAUCAAAGGAUGAAAAUGUCAUGUUUUUUUAAAAGAAAUUUUAUUUUUGUUAAAUA